UCUGGUUCCAUUGACUUACAUUGAAAGUAAAGUACGUUUUUACCUUCUCCUGUAAAAUUACUAUUUUGGAGAUACGAGGUUUUCUUCUGACAACAGCGAUAUGCUCAUAUUCUCUCAAUGAACUGGUCCCUUGGACUUAAAUCUCACCAGACCUUUACAAAAACAAACAUGUGCUAAUAAUCCACUUUAAGAUCACAUCCAAGGCAAUGAGGAUUCUGGACAUGUACAACCAUGUGCUACCUGACUAUUUCAUUUGCAAAAGCAGUUUUGAAAAAGAAUUUAUGAAAUGAUGUGCUGCCCUCUACUGGUCAAAAUAAUACCAGCACUUGGCCAAGUUUUUAUUUUUGCAUAAUGAUGGUCAUAGGUUUUAAUAAGAAACUGUAUGGACUCUUAUUCUAGCUUUAGUUUUGUCCAUUGAUUUCCUAUUUGUGUGGCUUUUUUUUUUUAUCUUAUACCUGAUUUGCAAAGCUCUCUAUAAUCCUUCACCCCUUUAUCUUAUACAGUAAAGCUUUUAGGGCCUUUCAUACAGUAAUGACUCUCUCCCAUGUUCAGAAAACGCUUCAAAUACGCCUGAAAUGAUACUGAGAACAAAAUGAGAUCUUAACAGACUUUGGGAGUGGUCUCCUCCCAGCUAAGGGAAAUGGCUCAAUGUGUUCUUUGCUUUAAAGCUCUUUUAAAGGCACGUUUUAUGUCAGCUUUAAGCGGCUUUACUAACAUGUAGGCUAUGUUUCUUUCUUUUGACUUAUGAACAGUUGCUUAAUCUCGGUUUCCCUCCUUCGUAAGGUUAAUGUCAUAAAUGUAUGUUCGUUUUAUUACUUUUUGGAGAGAAUGUCACACAUACAUAUAAAAUGAAGCAACUCCUCUGGUUCAUACCGGACAUUAGAUGGUGAUGAAAUAUUACCAUUACUAUCUCUUAUUACUGCAAUGACUUUGAGUUAAACUACUGAUGUUCUAUAAACAUUAACUAAAGGUGAUAUGAAACAAAAAGAAUGAGAAGGGAGACAUUCCCAAUAUCAUCAUACAUCCGAAUAGUUUUUUUUUAUAUUUCUUUUUAUUUACCAGUGGAAAAGCCUUUAAUAGAGAGGCAAAAAGACUCACAUGACUUGACAGAAGCUGCAGCUAAAAUUGUUGCUCUGGAAUUUUGCUGCUGUCCCAUUUGUAGGUGUGUACUGUGAAGGACCUUCAAAUGCGCUUCUCCAGAUUUACUGGGGAUGCAAAAUGAAGAGGGUAAAAGCCAUGCUUUCCCCUGUGUUGUUAUUAUUAUUAUUAUUAUUAUUAUUAUUAGCCCCCGUGUUGUUGUGUAGUGACGUCACACUUGGAAGAUGAGGGCGUUGAGGCAGCCAUCAGCCAGGGCUCUCUAACGUCCACGUUUCUAACAAAUCUGCCUGAAAACUUCCAUGGCAAAGACCAGUAGUCAAAUAGUGAGUAUAACGAGAAUCAUUUCAUCUCCGAUCCAAUAAAACUGCGUCCGCGCAGCGCUUAGAUGAGCUUUCCUCUCCGGGGAACUGAGCAGCCGCCUCAUUUCAGCGCAGUGUCAAACUAGUAAGGUCGGCUAGCUGGCUAAGCCUGGUCGGCUCCUCGGCGGGUACGAUGCUGCUCUCACUCAGCCCAGCACGGCCCCGCCGUGCUCCCAGGCUCCUCUCUGCACGCUGAGGGUCCGGCAGAGCCCCAGCUGCCCACAGCCUGUCGGCAUGGAGGGUCCCACUGAGCCCACUACACAGAGCCCGCAGCCUCAGCGCAAGAAAUGGUCUGAGGACUUCAAGUUUGGCAAGAUCCUCGGGGAGGGGUCAUUUUCAACCGUUGUUCUAGCAAAAGAGUUGUCUACAGGAAAGGAAUAUGCAAUUAAGAUUCUGGAGAAGAUGCACAUCAGGAAGGAGAAUAAAACACACUAUGUGAAGAGGGAGAGGGACAUAUUGUCGAGUUUAAAUCAUCCCUUUUUUGUAAAGCUGUACUUCACAUUUCAAGAUGCUGAAAAAUUAUAUUUUGGACUUAGUUAUGCAAAGAAUGGAGAGUUGCUUCGAUACAUUCGCAAAAUAGGCUCUUUUGAUGAGACUUGCACAAGGUUCUACACUGCAGAAAUAACGUGUGCUCUUGAGCAUCUGCAUUCAGUAGGAAUUAUUCACAGGGACCUGAAGCCGGAGAAUAUUUUACUGAAUGAGGAAAUGCACAUUCAGAUCACAGAUUUCGGAACUGCGAAACAGUUUUCCUCCGAUGGAGCUCAAACAAGAGCAAACUCUUUCGUUGGGACUGCGCAAUAUGUUUCUCCUGAGCUGCUGACAGAGAAAUCAGCGUGUAAAAGUUCGGACCUUUGGGCAUUAGGCUGUAUAGUUUACCAGUUGGUGGCCGGAUUGCCCCCCUUCAGAGCAGCGAAUGAGUACUUGAUAUUCCAGAAGAUAAUAAAACUGGAGUAUGAAUUUCCCGAGAAAUUCUUUCCCAAAGCUAAGGACCUGGUGGAGAAGCUAUUAUGCUUGGACCCCACCAAGCGGCUAGGCUGUGAGGAUAUGGGUGGUUACAAUCCACUGAAGGUCCAUCCUUUCUUUGAAGGCAUCUCAUGGGAGAACCUCCACUCGCAGACACCUCCAAAACUAACUCCGUACCUGCCUGCCAUGGCUGAGGAUGAUGAGGAGUACUAUGGCAAUUAUGAUGACCUCUUGAGCCAGUUCAGCAACAUGGAGGUGGUGCAGUCCAGCUCCUCUCAGGCUCUCUCAGUACCAGGCAUAUUGCUCCCACUGAGGUCCAGCAGCAACAUUGAGCAAUAUAUCCACGGCCUGGACAACAACUCCUUUGAGCUGGACCUGCAGUUCUCCAGCGAGGAGAAGCAACUUCUCCUGCAGAAACAGACUAGUGGGAACCCUUGGCACCAGUUUGUUGAAAAUAAUUUGAUACUUAAAAUGGGACCAGUUGACAAAAGAAAGGGGUUAUUUGCUCGUCGGAGGCAGCUGCUACUAACUGAGGGGCCACACCUCUAUUAUGUGGAUCCUGUAAAUAAAGUCCUCAAGGGGGAGAUUCCAUGGUCUCCAGAGUUGCGACCGGAGGCCAAGAACUUCAAGACGUUCUUCGUCCACACGCCAAACAGAACCUAUUAUUUAAUGGACCCCAACGGCAAUGCAGACAAAUGGUGCAAGAAGAUCCAAGAAGUGUGGGGAAAAAUUUACCACAACCAUCAGACUACAGACAUGUAGAGAAGUGGAGGAAGAAUCCUUUUCUCAAGUCAAGGCACGUCUUUAUGAACUGAGCCUGUCACUAGUUAAGCUCCUUUUAAGACUCCUUUAAGCCGAUCACUUGAACAUUCAUUUACAAGGAUAGCAUUUCACCAUUAAGUUAAACAUCAUGUACUUUCUUGGAAGCCAUCCAUAGACGCUUUGCCUGUUCUCUGUGCUCUUACGUGGUCCCACCUUGCUCCGUGGGUGAAGAUCACUCAGCCAUUCAGCUGCUUUAUUAGGCCUCGAGCGAAUGCACUGUUUGUAUGCGUGCGCGCGUGUGUGUAAAUGUGUAUAGCUAAUAGCCCCACUGGAUGGGUAAGACUUUGCACACUGCGCUAAUUCCUGUUGCCUUUUUAAGUGCUCCAAAUAAUUUAUCAUUGCUGUGUUGUGAAUUCUGCUGCUUCCUCAGUGUGUAAGAGUGGCUUUGCAGACGAUAUGCUUGACAAGACAUGCAGGUACUCAGAUAUUUUUACUGGUCAGUGGGGGUGGACAAACGGGAGACGCCAGACUAAAAGAGGGCUGCACACGGCUGAGAGUGAAGUUAGAGGAAGACACAUUGAGCAAUGUGCAUCUGCUGUAGAAGACGCUUUGAAUCAUACGAUGGAAACUGAGCCGCACAGGCAAAUUGGAAGAUUGUGAAUUUAUCGUUUUUGUGACCAACACAUUUACAUAUCUGCCUCUUUCACCUGAUGUAAUCUUGUUUAUCGUCCAGGCGAAGAAAUGAGUGAACACAAGGGUCAAUAUCAGCAGCAAAACCUGCCCAGAAGUCAUUGCGAUUCGAGGCAUAUCGCUUUUCAGACCUGACAGUAAUGGCAGAGAAAGCUUUUCAUAAGUCAUAGCAGAAAACUACUUUCAGAUUCUUAAUAUUUCAAAACUAUAACGUUCAGUUUGUAGCAAGUAGCAAACGACUCCCAUCUCCUAUAAACGACUGCUGAUGCAAACGACUCCGCCAUCAGCAGUGUACUCCGCCAUCUGGCUGGUUAGCAACUUACACAGCUGGCAAGACCAAAAAUGGGGAUACACUACAGUUCUAAAGCAAAUCUUACAGCCAGACAGAGCAAUUAUUCACAAGUUUCUUUUAUGUUAUGUUCAAAAAAGCUUUGCAAAAAAAGCUUUGCAUGGCUGGCGAAUUAGUUCAGUGAUGCUAACCUAGCCCAGGCCACUCGCUGGACAACCACUUUUUCAACAUAAGUCGGGAGCUUUCUGAGUAGUGGGUUGAAGUUAGCGAGCACAUGUUAAAAACAGUAUUGAAACGGGAACCUACACUGCUUUCUGAAUGAGACACAGUGGAGGGGAACAAAUCAGAGCAGAGAUCAUUUACUUAUAAUACUCUCACAGGCAGAGUAGCAAAAACAGCCUGUUUACAGGCCAAAGAGAGGCGGUAAAAAUCGAAUCACAGAUAAAACCAUUGUCAUGAGUGGAGAGAAAAAAAGGAAAUAUGAGCAAAAUGCAGUACAUUGGUCUUAAAUAUCGCUUUAAUAUCAGGGCUCUCUCGCCAUUUCAUUUCCCAGUCUGAGGGCUUUUCCAGCGCCACGUUUGCACGAUGCAGUGCGGGCCAAAAGUUGUGAAGUUAGUGGAAGUAACACUAACAUUUUAUCUUAAAAUCGGGUGUUUUAAGAGAAAACAGAUGGCAAUACAUUUAUUAAUACAGAUUAAAAUGCCCAAUAACUAAUUCCUAAUUUAUUUUGACCUUCCUGCUGAAUCUUAUUGAAUCAGGGUGUUUUACAUCAGGAAUUUGCAAAUAAUUUAAAAGUGGUUAACGUAAGGGACUUUGUGACGUGGCCUACUGUGCAAUGUAAGGGACUUCAAAAAAGACUAUGAAGGCUCUUCCAUAAUGACUUGGAGUGAUAUCCCCAGUUGAAACCAAGGGAACUUUGGUUAAAAUAGGUUUCAGUGAACAUGCCGGAUGAGUUGACUUUGUUUAUAAUGGGUUUGCUUGCUUCUGUGCUUUUGGCCUGUAGUGUAUGUGAAAAUCUGUGGCUGUUCUUUCCGCGAUCCUCAGCCGAAUGUGUUUAUGUGCAGGCCUAAACGCAAGAUGUGGUUGAGAUUUGACUCUAGGUUUUUCCAUCACUGUGUCUACCCCCAUCACUUCAGAGUUAUCAUUAAUAUUCAGAGCUCGCUUUGUUCGCUUUAAUAGAGGGCGUGCUGCAUCAGUGACAGUGGGAGUGGGAUGAUGUGCGUAACCACUCGCGAACCUUACAGACGUUUCAUCUCCGAGACGUGCUAGCUAUGUGCUGUUUUUUUUUUUUUUUCUUUCUUUCUUUGUUGCCACAAGACAAAAAAAAAAAAACUAACUACAGCAGUUCAUCUCGCCGUGUACUAGAUCCUGUAGACGUUCUUGGUGUGUGAUGCGUUUAGAUCAGCUGCGAAAAUGAAAUAAAUAAAUAAAAUAGUCGUUCAGCGCUGUGUACAUGGGACGGUGUUGCGCCGAGAAUAGACGUGGCUUUAUUUCGGGUAUCAUUUUUUUGUUUUACUACUAGGUUUACAGAACUGCUGUGUGAAUAUUUUAGUUUUUUUUUAAUUUAAUUUAUUUUUUUUAUUUUUUUUAUUUUUUACAUUAGAUCUGAAAGUGCGAGAUCUACCUGGGGUACGUUUUUUUUUGUUUGUUUGUUUGUUUUUUCUUUCCUUUCUUUUCCGGAGGUUACCUUACUGGAAAAUAGCGUGGUUGCUUCUUUUUAUUUCUUUUUUCCUCCAUCGGUGAAAUUCGCCAUUCUCGCCUGUAAAUAAAUCUAAGUGCAAUCCGAAAUAUUGAAAUGGCUCCUCAGUUCCAAAAAACACCUAGAAAUGCUGGAUCUGUCCAAAUGAACCGUAGAACAGCUGUGUAGUGCAGAUGUGUGUUUCUCCUCCUCCAAUGUGUUUUUGUUUUUUUUCUCCUCUUUAUUUCUGCGGUUACUUUGUGUAUUUGAAAUUCUACCUGGUUUUGCGGCCGAAUAUGACUGUGAUGUACAGAAAGUAAUGCAAUGUUCUAAGGAUACACACCUUUUAUAUUUUUAUUCUUAUAUAAAGUUAUUCGCUGAGAGCGGCUCAGCAUGCUGUUCCUUGUGUUAUUUAAAAUCUAAUAUAUGAACCAUGUUUUACGAGCUUGUGUUCAGGGGCCAUUGUGUAUGUACUGAGAUGUUAUGCCUUUGAAUGUGAAUCAUCACUGUAAACGAUGUUUUUGCAGCCUUUCUUUUUUUCAUUAUACAUUUCAGAUUUGGUCACGGAAUUAAUUAUGUCAACUUUUAAGGAACAUGUUUGUUUGGGUUUUGCGUGCUUAUUAUAAUUAGAUGGAAGAAUGUCCCACAUGAACUCCUGUAAUAAAAGCAUGUAGGCUGUUAUUAUUUAA